GAUUAGGGGGAAGAGAGAGCUAUUUGGUUAGGAGAGAGACAGAGAGGUAACUGAAGUUUUGGAGGGACAGAGAGGGAGGGGCAAUGGAAACAGACGUAGAGAAAUGCGUGGUCCUCGAGAAAAUAUUGGAGCUGUUGGUGUCAGCAGGUUAUUACAGGGCGACGAUUUGUACAUUGUCCACAUUCGACAAGCUCACUGGGGGCCUCGCAUGGUGCAUCUCUGCCGCCGCUCACGCUCACGCUCAUCCCAAUUUCUACAUCCUCUAUCACGACGAACAAACCCUAGGCGACAAGAUUAAGGUUGGUGAGGCCAUUGAAGCAGCAUUACGAUCUAUGGAAUGCCCAUUUCCUCUCCAUGCUCAUCAGCUUCAAGGCCUAGAUUAUGAUGGAGUCUAUCCCGUAAUCCAAUGGAUCGUAAGUCGUGUUUUGACUAUGCGAGAAGAGUUGGGGGCUGAGCUAAGGCGCUAUUCACACCUACAGUUUCAAAACCACUUUGAGUUGCUUGAAGACCCUUCCAGUAAUCCAGAAAGAAAUGAUGUUUCUCCAGGGGUUAAUGGAUCCAGUUUUCAUCAAUUAUUGCAUCGAAUGGCUCAGAAAAGCGAAACAUGCCCUGCUUCGGCAGAAAAUGGUUCAGGAGUUCAAAGAGCACCAACAGAAAUUUUGCAUUUGGGCAAUAAACAAAGUUCAUUAAUGAACAGUGGCAUUAUUGACGGAGAAUAUAAUGAAGAUCCGCAGCAUCAGGUUGCAGUCCUUAUGUACAAAAUUGAGGAGGAGAAUUUUAAUGUGCAUCAACUUCAGGAGUUGCUAGUUGAUACAGAAAAGUCCAUAGAAGUGUUACAUGGCAGCCUGAGUGAGCAGGAUCAUAGGAAAACUAGUGUCCUCAAUGAGAUACAACUUCUGACCCAAAAAAUUGAUCAAGCAGGUGCUAUAUCAUUGUUCCAGAGGCUAAUGUCGCAUUUGGAGCAGCUGAAGCUUCUGGAGAAGCAGGAAGCAGAGUUUCGGUCUCAUUGUAAACAGAAGCGCUCAGAUCUGCAAGAUGAGGUUAUCCGAGUUGAGAAAGAAGCCCCGAACAAUGGUGAAAGUGAAUCCGACUCUUGUGACAUGGAUCCUCUCAUCGAUGUGGCAUCACGAAAGCUAGAUGCAGCACAUAGAGAUUUUUCUGUUAAGAUGAGGGCAAUAUCUUUGCUAAAGAGGAAGGUUGAUGAUGUACCUUCACAAACAGAACUUAUCCAAUAUGAAAGAAGGUUCGCUGAACUCUUUGGGCAAAUCCAGGAUAAGCUUCGACAAACUCGUCGAUAUUAUGGUACUUAUAAUGCGCUGAUAGAGACAAAGGAAUUGUCAUUAAAGGAAAUUUCAUUAUUGAACUCAAUAAGUUCACAGAUCAGGAAUUGUUGGGAGCCCACCCGGUUCCUAGUCAGAACCGUGGAUCAGAUCACCAAGCUAGAUCCGCGAUUUGCUGAUCAGACAUGUUUCCCAGAUGGCUGGUUCAGCCGGCCUAUCCAGGUUUUAAACACUGAUUCCAGCACUGUAAAUUUGUGUAAUGAAUAUCUCAAUAAAUUACAAGUUUAUCAAAAAUGGAAGUAGCAGAGAGCCUUGUCAAAAUAUUUUAGGGCCUGUAUAAAUUUAUGUGGGACCCACUCAAUUGAGUAUUUGGCACAGAGCCCACAAUGUAUUGGUCCCAUGUAUAUGGAAAAUACCUUUUUACGGGAUAAGGGCAAAACUAAAUGGUUUUGCCCUUAUUCUGAGUAUAGCGCUUUUCUAUGGUGGUUAUCUGCUCCAUGCAAACCCACCCUUGCCUAUUGGAAUGUGACUAUGGAAAAACAAGCUAGCCUUGCUGUGGUCAUUGCACUAGAAUGGAUUUAUCUUAUGAGGAGAAUUCAAUUGUGUGUUAUAAAAAUAAAAUCACUAUAAAUAAUUGAAAUCUGUCAUGAGUCAAUCAUUAUUUCACAUAAUUUUUGAAAGGUGGGUAUCUCCACUCGAUUAGGUCCAUUCAAGUAUACGAGAUUUUUUCUUUCUUGAGGGGUAUUUUAUGUGAUGUGUGUUGGUCUUGAAAGCAAUUAAAAAUUAUGGAUCAAUGCAAUGGAAAGAACAAAAAACUUGAACAUAUUUAUCAUGUAUGAUGAGCAAUCAUCAUACAUGAUUUUGAAUUCUUUUGAAUAUAAUUGACAUAUUUGUCUGGUAGUUAGAUUCAUCGAUGAAUCACUCAUUUGUAUGCAGUUAGGGGUGUUUGUGAUCAUUCCAUGAAAUAGAGAGAAUUGUUCUCAGUUAAAAAUAGUAAAGAAUUUUAAUUACUAAAAGAAACUAUGAAGCCAGAUGAGUUGGAAAUAGAGAGGUUUCCUCUUUUCGCGGAUGUUCUUGAAAUUUACCUAGUUGAAAAGAGGGGUUUCCCUGUUUUGCAAAUAGUGUUGAAUUUCACCAUUCAUUUCUAUAUCAGGCUCUGAUCAUUGAGGUUUAUUUCAAUUUGAUGUAACAAUAUAAUUUUCGGACUUCU